GGAAAAGUCCAGGUUUAGCCACUUUCGCAUCAUUUUCUAAAACUUUCAAUGGAACCAGACGACUGAUUCAUCCUCCUGAUCUGUAAACUCGGAGCUGCAGACAUGGACUGUCGCGCAUUUCGCUCGUUGCGCCUGCUGUUGCUUGGACUUUUACGCAUCGCGCUGCUUUGGAUCGUGCAACCUGGAGCGUUGGCGCAGCAUGCUCCAGAGUGUUACCCAGGAGGCCAUCGGAUCCUGCGUAAUCCCUAUCGCAGCGUUGACUUUGACUCCACGGAGAUCCAGAACACGGCCAUCCAGGAUCUGAUCUGUGACCACUCGCUGUCUCCGGGAUGGUACCGAUUCAGGAUCAACAACAAGCCUGCGGAGAUGCCGACCACCUGCGUCGAGAUGAACCGCUGUGGCACUCAGGCUCCGGUGUGGCUCUCCCUGAAGGAUGCCCGCCUGCCUCGACCUGGCGAGGUCCGACAGCUCUCCGCCUGCGCCACCUGGCAGUUUUUCCAUGGCAGCGCCAAAGACUGUUGCCUCUUCAGGAUCCCCGUCACGGUGCGGAACUGCGGCGAGUUCAUGAUCUACUUCCUGCAGCCCACGCAGGGGUGCAUGGGAUACUGCGCCAAAGUGGCUCCAGAUUUGGGACCACGGCUGUGCCCACCAGGUGAAGUCGAAGUCAACGGACGAUGCAAAGCUGCUGUCCCGUCCCUUCCGUCCCGGCCGGUGAUCACCACAGAGCUUGUUGGCCACAGUAUCCACCUGAGGUGCUCCUUCGUCCCCCCGCCUUGGAGCCAGCUCCUGGGCUUCCAGGUGGUUUGGGCGAGACACAUCGGCCACAGCAUGAAGGCCGAGAUCAGGCAGGAAUCCACGCUGAAGCCCUUCUCUCUGGUGGAGAUGGAUGGCGUUCACUUCAGGCUCGGAGAAACGUUCUCCUGCAGUGUGUCGAUUUUUAGAGCCAACUCCAGCCACGGCAGAUCAGCUCCAAAAGAAAGUGAAAGUUUCUACGCUGGAUUGAGGUUUUCUCCAGACUCCCUGCAAAUCGCAGAAAACAGUAAAGAGCACGAGGUGACGGUCUACAGCACAGUGCCGAUCCCCUGCUAUGGCCUCGAACAUGGUCAUCAGUGUGGCGUCCCACUGGCUCUUAGUGUCCAAGAUCCAGACAGUCUCGGACAUGAGGCCUCGAACGUGGCGCUGUCAGUCUGCCAGGUGGAGCUGCAGCCCAACGCGUGCAGUGAGGGCAGCUGCGGCCGGGCCACCUUCUUCGUCACCGCCGUCACUGAUUUCACACGAGACGGGAACCGGCUGAGUCUGGUUGGUGUUCUGCCAGGACCAAGCGCACCUCGACUGUGGAGAAACUACAUGCCAACAUCCCUGAAAGUCACAGUCCAGGACGUCCCAACUUCCAUCUGCUACUCCCUCACUGACCCACAUGUCAUUACCCUGGACGGCAGGCGGUAUGAAAACCACCAGACUGGCACCUUCCUGCUCUACCAGAGCCUUGUCAGGGAGUUUGAGGUCCACUCUCGCCAGUGGGACUGCGGGAGUCGGCAUUACGCUGUCGCAUGCAACUGUGGCGUUGCGGUUCGAGAAGGGAACAAGGUUGCAGUCUUCGAUAUGUGCAACGGUCAACCACAGGAAUCCAGGCCCCAGCUUACCCUGAAGAACCUCAGUGAUGGGGAGGGCAGUCGAGUCAGGGUGAUGGAGUCCCACCAGGGGAAGAAGGUCACCUUGAUCUUUCCCUCUGGAGCCUUUGUCAGGGCUGAUGUUGAUGACUGGGGGAUGAGUUUAUCCGUCCGGGCGCCCAGUGUUGACUACAGCAACACACAAGGCCUCUGUGGCACCUUCGACCGCAAUGGCAACAAUGAUUUCCAAGGGUCCAACGGAAGCUCUUAUGGUCCAGAUGACCUGCAGCGCUUCAUAGAGGACUGGAGGAUAGCUUCUGGUGAGAGUUUAUUUGACAAGAAACCAGCCAGGACAACGAAGGAGUUCAGGAGGCCUUUCUGUGCCUGCCAAAAGGAAUACAGCACUAUCCAUCAGACCGGCAGAGGGAUGAGGAACCUGUACACCCCCUCUGCACACUCUGACUGCAUAGCAUACGACAAUGUGGAUUAUACAUCUGUGUUUCCGUCUAUGGACACAACAGUGGAAUACAUCAAGAGUCCAGAAAAGGAUGAGAGCAUCGUGGAUAUGUCUGAGUUAAACAGCCAUCCUUUGGAGAGGAGACACCUUUGGUUUCACAGCGAGGACAACAAAAAUGGUGAUCUUGAGCUUGAUGGUGAGUUCAGAAAGGAUUAUCUUCUUUCGGUUGAAAGACCAAAGAGGCAGGCUUCAUUUGAAUUCCAGCCAGUCUUUGCAGCUCAGAGUCUCAGCCAGGCCGAUCUGGAAAACUUUGCCUACUUCUUUCCGGAGGAUCACUUGGCAGAAGCACGACCAGAGGUGCAACCUCAGUGGCCAACGCCAAGCGGCCUGACCUCGGCCAAAGCUCUCGAGGUAUGCCAGAUGGCUUUGGCCAACUCAACUGUCGGUACAGUUUGCCGUGGGCUGCUUGGACGCCGCCUGGACGAAGCGGUGGAUCUUUGCAUUCUGGAUCUGCAGCUCAAAGAUGACCUGGGCUGGGAGGAGGCUCUGCUGCCCUAUCUGGAGAAUGAGUGUGAGAGAAGGCUGCUGGAGAAUCGGACCCAGAGAGCCUUGGAGAUAAAUGGUCCACCUGGAGCAGCAAAAGAUGUGGUGACAGCGCUGCGCUGCCCCAACUUUUGCAACGGAAAUGGAGAGUGUACAGAGUGGGGAUGCCAGUGUUAUCCCAGCUACAGCUUCUACGACUGCAGCCUUGUCAUCACCCAGCCAGUAGAGAUAACAGAUUUGGAAAACAGUGGACUUUGUGACAUCCGAGCCUUCAACUGUCGAAACAUUCGAGUUUUCGGCCUGGGCUUCAUUGACUCUCCAGACCUCAGCUGCCACGCCACCAGACUCAAGUACAUGAACGGAGUUUGGGUUCCAGGAGAAAAGCAAAGAACAAAAGCCACCUUCCUCAGCUCCAAGGCUUUAGACUGCACUGUCCCAUCCCUGAGCAACACGGCGGUCAAUACGGAAGACUUCAUGAUGGACGACAAACCAUAUGCACGCUGGGAGAUUAAAGUUACCAAUGAUGGCUCCCAGUACAGCCAGGCUAAGGUGCUGACGAUAUACGAUGGCGUUUGCCAAGUCUGUGAGGCAUCACGCUCAGGACUCUGUAAGUUAAAGGAGAAGACGUGCAACAUCGACGGGAUGUGUUUCAAGGAAGGAGACCCCAAUCCCAGCAGCCCUUGCCUCCUCUGUGACCCGGACACUUCCAGAUUCACCUGGUCUGUGAAUCAAGUCAACGAGCCACCAACCUUCCACCAACCUCAGAGUAACCUGAGGACGUUUGCAGGAGAAAACUUUGUCUUCCAGUUUGCAGCGUCUGACCCCGAGGGCUCAGCGCUCCUCUUCCAGAUGGAAGCAGGGCCAAGUGGGGCUGUCCUCUCCCCUGCCGGUCUCCUCAUCUGGAGGGUCCCCACGCUUAUAGAGGAGGGAUCGAGUCGCUCUAUUCGGUUCACACUGUCGGACGAGUGCAAUGCCCAGAGCUCCUUCAACGUGGAGAUCGAUGUGGUGCCAUGUGGCUGUCAGAACAGAGGCUCGUGUGUGACUGAUGUUAACUUCCCUGCUGGUAGUGGGAAGUACCUUUGUGUUUGCCCUGAAGGGAAGCAAGGUGACCUCUGCGAUGAAGACAUAGAUGAGUGUUUGUCAGCUCCAUGUGCUAUUGGAACGUGCAUUAACACAGCUGGAGGGUUCAGGUGUGAAUGUCCUGCAGGAUUAAGAGGUAAAACAUGUCUAGAAGAUAUUAACGAGUGUGAAAGAAAGCCAUGUUUCCCAGGCGUCCAGUGCUUCAACAACUUCGGCUCCUACAGCUGUGGCCCGUGCCCUCAAGGGAUGCUGGGAAAUGGGACAACAUGUACAAUUGUUGUCAGGCCUGUCGCCGUCUCUCCCACAUCUGCUCCUAGAACUACAGUGUACAAGAUACCAGAUGUUCUGCUCCAACCACACAAAAUGAAGACAGAAACUUUCCGGAAAACCUCAAGUGGGAUUUCCCAACAGACGAGGGAUGACUCGAGGAAGUCGGCCCUACAAAGUGACCCAAAACAAUCCCAAACUAAGACCACAGCAUGGAGACAGACUCUGGGAACAAGUCUGAACCAGAAUAAAGCAGGGUCUAACAGAAGCAUCACAGCAGUUCCCCCAGUCUUACCACAGACGAAGACCAGUGCUUUAAGACAAACCAAAGGAAUCCUAAUCAACCCGUACACUACCAACAGAGACACUUUAAAGAACAUCUCAGGAACUACACCAAACCAAGUCAAACCAGAACCACCAACGAUUAGCAACACAAUCUCCAAGACGCCAUCUGUAGCCCUGCCCCAUGGAAAUGUUAGACCACCCUCAGGACCUGCCCAGUCUCUGCCUGUAAAUGUAUCUGCUACAUGUGCCAGUCGGCCAUGCUUCCCUGGUGUCCAGUGCAUCAACCGCAGGCCGCCACAUGUCGGAUACGUCUGCGGAAGAUGUCCUCCUGGGCUUUAUGGCAACGGACGUGUCUGCAUGAAGAAUGCCAAGGCAGCAUCCAACCACCUUCCCCAGCAGCAGACCGCAGCUAAGACCAGUCGAUCCCCGUACGGAAGCAGCAGCAAAGUCUCCCAGCUCCACCUGCCCAUCUUACCUUCGAGACACGGUAUCAAACACCUGUCCGUGGCCGUCACCAGAGCGAGCAGAGAUAAUUCACCACGCCAGGUCCCUGCUGCAGGUAGAGGAGGCGGUACAGGAAGGAGAGAAGCUGUUACUGCUCCAAGAGAUGUUCCCAGGACAUCAGUGAGCGCCCUCCACAUCACUGCAAACACUCACACGACCCGACAAAUUACAGAGCCAAGGAUGUACACCAGAACCAGUAUUACCAGCUCCAGGGAUUUUACGGUACCCCAUGUGACAAUCACCAAGCAUUCCCAAGAAGCUUUUGCUGGCACAUCUGCCAGGGUUACACCAGCCAUUCCUCGCCUGUCGACCCAUUCUGGCAAAGUUCAACCCAAACAAACAACCCCACCCCAGCUCAACCACCUUUCAUCCACUCAAGCCAAACCCUGGACUCCUCAGAAACCAGCCCUCCCUCUUACAGCAGCCCUCACUGCUUUGUCCUACUCGCUAUCUGAGUCCGAAUUCUCUGCAGACGGAGAUGAAGCUGAGCCUGGAUCUGAAGGUCCGGAGUCGUCACACGUUUUGCCAGCAUUGACCUUGACAAUGCCAGGAAAGACCGUUUAUACUGGACCCCAGCUUCUAAGAGCCACUGCCAUCCCACCAGCGGUUAGGAGUGCUACAACAGCGGAAAAACAACUGAUAACCUGCGCUGAUCGGCCGUGUUUUCCUGGGGUUUUGUGUGAACCAGCUUCAGAUGGAGGUUUCCAGUGUGGGAGGUGCCCUGUCGGAUAUAUCGGAGAUGGAAGAGCCUGUAGAGCUGUUUGUAGGCACAUGUGUGGGAGGAACAUGGAGUGUGCUGCGCCCAAUACAUGCCGUUGCAAACCGGGCUACACUGGAUCCAACUGCCUGACAGCAAUCUGUGAGCCAGACUGUAAGAACGGUGGUGCUUGCAUAGCUCCAGGUGUGUGCCAGUGUCCGAGAGGUUUUCAUGGAGAGACAUGUCAAGAAGCUCUGUGCAGGCUACCGUGUGAAAAUGGAGGCACCUGUGUUGGACUCCAGACUUGUUCUUGUCCUUACGGGUUCGUCGGGCCUCGAUGUGAGACCAUGGUUUGUAGUCGCCACUGUCACAACGGAGGCCAGUGUGUGUCUCCAGAUGAGUGCAGGUGUCCUGCAGGAUGGACCGGACCUUCAUGUGAGACUGCUCUCUGCUCUCCUAUGUGUCUAAACGGAGGUUCAUGUGUCCGUCCGAACCUCUGCGACUGUCCAAACGGCUUCUACGGAGCACAGUGUCAGAACGCGGUCUGCAGUCCUCCUUGUAAGAACGGCGGUCUGUGUAUGAGGAACAAUGUCUGCUCAUGUCUGCAGGGAUACACCGGGAGGAGAUGCGAGAAAAGUGUGUGCGAGCCCAUGUGCAUGCACGGCGGCCGUUGUGUCGGUCCAGAUGUUUGCGAUUGUCCAUCGGGUUGGCGAGGGAAAAGAUGCGAUAAACCGAGCUGCCUACAAAAAUGUCUUAACGGAGGAGAAUGUGUCGGAGCAAACACCUGCCACUGCGCCCCAGGGUGGCAGGGAAUGCUGUGUCAGAUCCCUAUCUGUGAACAAAAGUGUCUCUACGGUAGCCGGUGUGUCCGACCAAACGUCUGUGCCUGCCGGAGCGGAUUCUCAGGCUCUCUUUGUUCAAAACGGCUUCCCAUUUCCCAAGGUUGAGAUUCUCCUACAAACAACAAACUGUUCCAGUCCAAUUUGCACAGAAAAAACCUCCAAGAUCCACAACUACCAGCACAAGCACCGUCCAAAGAAAAGGCCUGAACUCUCCUCACUGUGAAAUGAAUAAGACCCUGUGGGCCUCCAAAGAUUCAAGAUUUCAAUGUCUAAGCGCCCAAAACAGAGCCAGUGUUAGUAAAAAUAAACCAGGAUUCAAGGGGAACAUUUGAAAGCAUACAAACAAAACCUAACACACUGCUUCUUGUGCUCUCAGAAGCUAUAAGAACUUUUCUAUCCAGUUAAAUCUCCAACUACGGCAUCUGUCUCUGAUUUAAAUAUGACAAUGACACUGAUUAGCCAGAUAUUUUCAAACUGCUUUGACAGAUUAAAAGGCAGCUGUGCUGCUUUGUUUUCCACAGGUCUAGGCUAACAGUUUCCCUUUGCUUUGAGUGUUUGUGCUAAGCUAAGUUAAUGUGACACUGAUUCCUCUUGAACAAAGUCUGCAGGAAAUUCCACCCAACAUAUCAAUAUCCAACAUUACUGUUAGUCAGGGUUCCUACAUGUUUUUAAACAUCUGAUAAAGACUUUCUAAGACCUGAGAAAAAUUAGCACCACUUUUUGCCUGAUAAACCAUCAAAAAUGAAAGGCAUGAGAUUCUUGGUUCACCAGACCAGGUGAGGCCUCUAUUCUAUCAACAUCACAGUGAUAUUUAUCAAUGGUAAAGGAGUGAUGAGCUGAUUUCAAACAGUUUGACUGUUAAAAAGCAGAGUAAAGCGUUUUGUAAGGAUGGGCUAGAAGGAUUUUUAAGUGGGCAACUUGGUAGCCAAGAGGUUGGAGAAGUGGACCAGUGUUUUGCAACAGUAUUUAUUAAAUCACAGUGAGUCAUGGAAAAUCAGAGAGGGAUGUGGGGGUCAUUGCCCAGGAGUUUUAGAACAUCCAAUACGGAAUUCCCUGAAUUAUGUUGAAUAUUUAUGGAAGAAUUUGUGGAGGAAGAUGACUGAAAUAGUACAAGGUUGCCUUCUAAAAUCUAAGAACUCUCACUGGUAAAAUCAGACUUUUUAUGGCCUUAAAUUUUAAAUGUGCAAUCAAGGAUCUGCAGGAACCCUGGCUAGUAAAAGUGCCACCAAUAACUUCACAAAUGACCUGAUAAGUUUCUUUAUUUUUGCCCAAAGACUUCAUUAAUGCAUUAAAAACACAUUUUAUGUUGGGACUUCUUAAGCAGCUGUUUUAUUCCUGUUUUAAAGAUACUACUUCUCAGAUUUAUUUUGACUGUACAGGCAUCAUGUUUACGUUCUUCACUACAAACCCAAACCUCUGUACGAGUAUUUAUUUAUUUGGUUGUUUUAUA